GAUCCGUACCACCUCUCUUCCUACCCCACUUCCAGUUCCGUUCCUGUUCCCUUGCUUCUCAGUGAUUCGACUGUACUGCACUGAGACCGAGACUGAGACACCACCAAGCUAUACUGCCAGAUAUAUCAGAUUCAGGAUCAGCUAGCGUUGCCAAACUGUACUACACUGCUACUGCACCACAACUCGACACCAUGGCCAUGGAUAGUACUUGUACGUACAAGCAACUAUGGCUGACCAACAUGCUUCAACUGGGGCUCAAACCAGCAGCAAUCGAGGAACAACUUAAAGUUUCAAUAAACGAGGACAUGUUUAACCACAUCAACAAAAAAGGCAGCGAAAUUAUUCUCCAUUUCCUUCUCUCCAAUCUUGAGCCACAACUAGCCAAGCAGAGAUUCAGGGAUUGUUGGCCAAUCUAUGAUAAGAAACAAGAGCAAGAGUUUCGGAAGACCUGUGUCAGCUGGGUAGGAGAUAUUGCCAAGGAGCAUACCAAUAGCCAACUGCCGCGGCUGUGUGCCUCUCUCCUUCUCUCUCCUGGAGGUGAUAGGUACUACAUCUUUAUUUACAAUCUCUCCAAACACGCUCUGCUAAUGGGAACACUAUCACUAGCUGAUCAAAACGAUGUGUUUGUGAGUAGCUUUCUUAGGAACGGUGUUCAAGAUAUAGUCCAUAAGGACGUUGCUAUUGCAGCGAUAAAAGCGCAUAUCGUACGUAACCAGCAGGAAACUGUACAGAGGCUGAGUUUACAGGCAGAACUGAACAAAAAAUGGAAGGCCACAGCCAGUUGUCUAGUGAGAGAGUACCAGUCUGAGUGCAAGGAAGAGACCCACUUGAAGAAACAGCUGCAAUCAGUCAGUGAGGAGCAAAAGUCGAGGUUGACGAAAGGUGGUGAGGGGGCGUGUGGGAGCACUGAUGAGAGAACACUGACACUGAGUUCAAAGGUCACUGAUAUCCAGAGACCAGGACGAAUGGACAAGACACGUGAGAUGUGGGGCCAAUUGGAGGGCUUCGAGGAGCGAGGUGAGAGAUAUCGCGAGGUAGUGGCGAGUGUGCUGGAGGGAGGGGAUAAUCAGUGCACUGUGGAUGCCAGAGACAUACAGAUUCAUGUGCCGGAUGCUUUGAUGCCUGAUUACGAGAAGCUGGUGAGGUCAGGGAAAAUGUCUCCUCUCUAUCAGGACGGUCAACUGAACCUUGUCAGUGUGCUCACACUCUACUGCUGUGCACUGAAAAAGUUCAGAGUCAUUUGUAGACUAACUGGACUGCCUGACUUUGAUGCUGAGAAGAUGGAAAUGCUUCUUACACAGCAGAGAACACUGUUGGCCAGUCUCAACCAAAUGAGAACACGGCUGGAUGUACUACAAGCUUCUCACACUGUUUCUAUAUCCAAAUGGUUGGCCAAGCUGGAGAAGAUAAAAUCCCAGACCACACCCACUGCCUGUGUGUUCUACAGUGGCAGACCACCACUCCUGGCCAUACCAAAGAUUGAAUUCCCACCACUGGAGCUCCUGCCUCCCACCCCUGAGCCACGGACAAGGCCACACCCACAUGACCACACUCACAAACUGGAUCUGAUGCCGAGAGCAGGACGAGAAUUGUCCACACCAGAGGCAGUCCACAACAUAUCACAGAGUGUACAUCGUGCUGCAUCCAAAACUGCUGACAUCGGCAAACCAAUGAGAUCUAAGAUCCCUGUACUCUGCCCUGUAUCCAACAAACAGCCGACACAGAAGGCACUGCACAAAUGCGCUAAACUGAAGAAGGCGAUACCAUCCACAACUCACGACAGUUUGGCGAACACACCUAAGCUAUCCUCCUCUCGUUUUGUGAAACCUCCAGCCAGAAGUCUGGCCAAGGACCCAGUCCGUACCAACCCAGCCAAGAGUCUUCCUUCAAGCACAGUGUAUGACAAGCUAGCAGACCAGAUUGCAGAGAUGGUUAGUUCCCAAUCAGAGGAGCAAAUGUUGUUGGAUCCCUCUCCAGUCGCCUCCCUCGAGGAGCUUCAUUGUGUCACUGACACAGAGGCCGCUCUGGGUACGAGUGCUUUCGUGUCCAAGGAUUGCAUUGCCAGAACUCCUCUCACCAAAUCCAAGCCAUCUAGAACUGCAUCACUGGAGAGCCCACUAGCUACUGGGGUUGCUACGAACUCUCCUCAAGUGGCCACUCCCAUCUACCGAUCACUGACCACGGCCGUCUCCUUUCAGACCACACCCACUGCUGCACUACUCUCUGUACAGACGCCCCCAGACAUAUAUAACAUGACUCCUGAUGACAUCACUACUUACGAUAUCUCUCCAACCCCCAGGAGAAAUUUCGUUGAUCCAACCACCUCAGGUACUACUCAAAAAGGAGAAGAUCUAAUGUCCUUCGCCACGCCCCUCAAGCAUCCCGAUGUACCACACCACAAUCUCAUAUCGUUCCUUACUCCAGCUGCUCACCCGUCAACACCCGUGUUACCUGACAACACCUGGAUUGUAGACAUUGAGCCGCCCACCCCCUGUCCCGAUGAUUUCACCUUAGCAUGAGUGCGUGCGCUUAUAUGAUCAUACUUAUUUCAAUUUAAAUUUCUUGAUUCUAUUAUUUAUGGAUUUGUUCUACUAGAGCUAGCUAUACUAUACCAUAAUUAUGAUCAUACUUAUUUCAAUUUUAAUUUCUUGAUUCCCUGUAUAUAUAUUAUUUAUGGAUUUGUUCUACUAGAGCUAAUCA